UUGGGAGAACAUUGUGCAGGUUUUUCUUCUUAGCUGUGGAUGGGUUCUGGAAUCUCAUGGGAUAUGCCCUGAGCCCGUCACAAGGAACACCAAGGGCAGCAUGGGACUAUGUGGGAGCAAAAAGCAGACUGGACGGAGGGAGAAGCGGAAUUCCAUAUACAGGCAGAGACUUCAGCCACCCCUAAGAAAGAAACCCCCUCCACCUCCACCUCCGGCCAAGUCCCACAAAGUAUCCGGUUCUGCCAACCAGACUUUUGGCAACGAUAAACACUUUGUAACUGCACAGUAUGAUUUCACCUCCAUGAGUGACCGUGACCUGCCACUGACCGCAGGAGAGAAGUUUGAAGUCCUUUGCAGUGAUGGAGACUGGUGGCUGGCAAAAUCACUUACCACUGGGAAGAAGGGCUACAUACCUAGCAAUUUUGUGGCCCUUGCAAACAGCCUGGAAGAAGAAAAGUGGUAUUUUAAAGGCCUCAGCAGAAAAGAAACUGAACGCCUCUUGAUGGCACCAGGCAACGCGAUGGGUUCGUUCCUGAUAAGAGAAAGUGAAACAAAUCCAGAUGGCUUUUCACUUUCCAUUAGAGAUAGCCCAUCUGAAGGGGAUGUCAUCAAGCAUUACAAGAUCCGGAGUCUGGACUGCAGAGGAUAUUACAUUUGCCCUAGGAUCACAUUCCCUUCACUGGAGCAACUUGUCAAAUAUUAUUCUGCUCAUGAAGAUGGCUUGUGCCAGACACUACGAAAGCCAUGCAUAUCUCUGGUUCCACAAAGACCUUGGACCACUGAUGAAUGGGAAAUUCCUCGGGACACUUUGAAACUUGUCAAGAAGCUGGGAGCAGGCCAGUUUGGAGAGGUGUGGAUGGGAUAUUACAAGAACAACGUGAAGGUGGCAGUAAAGACUCUGAAAGAGGGCAGGAUGGCUCCUGACGCCUUCCUGGCUGAAGCCAACUUGAUGAAGAGGCUGCAGCAUAGCAAGCUGGUGCGGCUGCACGCUGUGGUCACCAAACAGCCGGUUUACAUUGUAACGGAAUACAUGGCCAAUGGGUGCCUGCUGGACUUCUUGCAGACAGAGGAAGGAAGCAAGCAGUCUCUCAAAAAACUUAUAGACAUUUCAGCCCAGGUCGCCGAAGGGAUGGCCUACAUCGAGAGAAUGAACUCCAUCCACAGAGACCUCAGAGCAGCCAACAUUCUGGUAUCGGAGACCCUCUGUUGCAAAAUUGCGGACUUUGGACUGGCUAGGAUCAUUGAGAAUGAAUACCUUGCACAAGAAGGUGCCAAAUUUCCUAUCAAAUGGACAGCGCCAGAAGCAAUUAACUAUGGGGUUUUCACAAUCAAAUCUGAUGUCUGGUCUUUUGGGGUUCUCCUAACUGAAAUAAUCACCUAUGGACGGUGUCCCUAUCCAGCUAUGACCAAUCCCGAAGUUAUCCAACAUUUACAACAGGGUUACCGGAUGCCCUGUCCAGAAAACUGCCCAGCUGAACUCUAUGCAAUCAUGUCGAGGUGCUGGAAGGAUGAUCCUGAAGAAAGGCCCACAUUCGAAUACCUCCAGUCCACCCUCGAGGACUUUUACACGGCCACGGAGAUGCAGUAUCAACCUGAGCCUGUUGUUUCCUGAGCAAUAGCCACCAGGCAAAGUGGCCAGGGACUUCUUUAAAAACUCAUGGUGGAAGGCUGGCGAGACGACUGUGGAAUUUCCUCUGAAUCCGACUUUGCCAAACCGUCUGGUAUUUCUCUCCCUUCGAGGUCAUCCUUCUGCCUUGUCCCAUUCUCAAGCGAGGAGAUGGUCCCCUGCAAGACCGGGAGUCCCAAAGAAGGCUAUUCCAGGCCGUUUACUCACAAGGAGACUGCUGUCUG